AGAGGAAGUAGCGGGCGGGCGGCGGCGGUGAGGGAGGGUCCACCGCUCGGUUGGGCCGGCGCGCGCGAUGGACAAACACUCGUUUGUGCACCACCGCUCCCAGCGAGACGCGACGCUUCCGUCCCGUGUGCCCGUCCGGCGUGUUUGCGCGCGUACGCGUUCGUAUUCGAUUGAAACUCGACUUGGCUGCUUUGACAGUGCCAUCGCUCCGUUUCGACGGCACGUGACCGGCCAGCGCCGAAAGAAACUUUCGUGCCUCCGGUUCGUCCCUCGACUCGAACUUCUCGCGCCGCGUGUCUCGUCUCGUCUCUGAGGAAGAAGCGAGCGUGUGUGCGUGAGCGUGCCUUGUCCUGCCCACGGUGGUGUUACGUUCGUAGCCGAAAGUGUCGCGGCAGCGGUGACUAUUUCGUCGCUUCGUACGUUGUGGCCGCGCCCACUCUUGAUGUGAAGAUCGACUCGAGGGAAUCGCCGUGUUCGAGUGUUUGAAAGUGACGCGCAGCAGAAGUGCCGAGGUUCGAGGCGGGGAGCUGUCUGCUUCUCCUUGCCGGCCCGACGUUGCAACCUCCACCGAAGCCAGCAAGUGGUCGCCAAUUGGGAGCGGCAGCUAAACGAGCCGAGUGAUUGGUGGUGAUGGAUCGCGUGCUCGAGCCGUCAGCACAGCGGAAGCCGUACUCUUCGCGCUAGAUCGUCGUCUCAUCCCGAUGCUCUUCCCGUUCCAGUCGAGAUGCUUCGCCACUUCCACCGGGUGCUGGUCACCUGCAUGGUGUUCCUCUGCUUAUCUCUCCUCGGAAUUGUGUUCGUCACAACCAGGUCGCGUAUGCAGGAGCAGUACGCCCCCCAGGCGCUACUCACGGAUAACGGCUCGGAGCCAUGCGAGCCGCGCAAGAACAUCGUCUUCCUGAAGACGCACAAGUGCGCCAGCUCCACGGUGAUGAACAUCUUCCUGCGGUUCGGCACCGAGCACGAGCUGAACUUCGUGCUGCCGAAGUCGCAGCACACCCACUACCUGGGCCACCCGGAUCCCUUCAACCGGCGGCUGGUGGCCAACGUCAGCGCCUACAACAUGACGUACAACAUCCUCACACACCACACCCGCUACAACGGCAAGGAGAUACACGCGCUCAUGCCGGCGGACAGCGUCUACGUCACCAUCCUGCGAAGGCCGGACACCCUGUUCGAGUCGCUCUACUCGUACUGCAAUCUGGCGUCGGUAUUCAAGAGGAACCUGACCACGUUCGUGCGGGAUCGCAACUUGACCGCCUAUCUCUCCCGGCACCGCGUGAUCGAGAAACGCGUCGGACUCAACCAGAUGACCUUCGACCUCGGCUUCAACGGGCCCUUCGACUCCGAGCAGGCCGUCGCCAAGUUCAUCGGGGAGAUCGCCUCCGCGUUCGACUUGGUCAUGCUCGCCGAGCGAUUGGACGAGUCCCUGGUCCUCCUCAAGCACCUGCUCUGCUGGAACACCACGGACAUGGUGGCGCUGAAGCUCAAUUCGAGGUACAGCGCCUACAAGGAACGCCUUUCGAACGAAACCAUCGAGCACCUGCUCCGGCUGAACUCUGCCGACUGGCAGCUUUACAAGUACUUCUCCAAGGUCUUCGACGAGAAGGUCAAGGCCUUCGGCGUGGACAGAAUGGCCGAAGAGGUCAAGGAACUGCAAGCGGCGCAAAAGGAGUACUACGGUCGCUGCGUCAUGGCCGAAGGGUCGAUGGAGAAGCUCUCCACGUAUUUCAAGCGCAAGGAUGUCGUGGCCUUCAAAUCCAAGGACAAGAGCAGGCUUUGCCGCAGCCUCACCUUCAGUGAGCUCGAGUUUCACGAAGAGGUCAAGAAGAUCCAGGAAGCCAGGAUACGGCAAUACUUAGCGCGCCAGAAGCGAGCGCAGUUGCCCAAGCGCGUCGCUAAAGACGUCGCGUCUCACGUGACCAAGUUUCAACAGCCAGUAGCCAAUGGAAGGUGACUUCUUUGAAGAUGUCUAUUUAUAUUGUGCCUGCGGCGAAAGUAGGACGUGAAACCUUCAUGUGAAAGCGCGGGGCGCAUUCCCUGGACUUGCGAAUUUGUGUGGCGCGCGCGGUGGCAGACGAUUGUUUAAUUUUAGUCUGCACCUUCUGCAAGAUAUUCACCUGGACUAUUACACGUGCGGUGCCUUUAGGGAAUGCGCAGCGGCAGACGACCUUUUCGUUUUUCAUCUGCAAGUUGUGCUACAUGAAUAUUGGCCUCCCCUGCGCGGGGAUAUUUGUGGACGAUAGACAUUGUGCCUUUAUGAGAAUGUGAAGUGUUAGAAGACGCUUUUUACUUUUUUUUUUCGUCUGCUAGCUCGGCAACCUAUUUGUCUCGCUUGAUCCGCCUAAGUGCUGAAGCAAACGUUUCGUCAGCGGGUUCUGCAACAUAUUCGCCUGCAGGCUCGCCGUUUACAGCAACGAACCUCGCCCAGCGAAGACACGUCGUUCCUUUGUGGCACAUGUGUCAUUACGAACAGUCGGUGCCUUCUACUGCUCGACUAUAGAUCGCUUCGGUCACUGUGCAGUGUUCUGCGCUGGCUGUAGAAUUUAUGUAUGGGGAUCUGGAGACGAGCGCGAUCUUGCUAGGAGCGAGUGCUUCGUACUUAACGCUCCUGGGCCGAGAAUUUACGAAGUGCGCGCGCACUUCUUGUGAUAACAGUUGUGAUAACAGUCAUCGAGGCCUUAUCGAACAAGUCACAUAUCGUAUGGACAAUAUGCGACGUAUCGUACUCGUUUCUUUUUGUCUAUUUGCCGUGAAGAUCACUAUAUCAUUCACUAACGCUGCACCUAUUCGGCUCGCAUUCCUAUUUUUACACGUGCCUUUUAGCUGUCUCUUCUUAGUAUGUCCAAACGCUUCCUGUCAUACUCUCUUCUUAGAUGUCGUUAUUGUUCUUGGAAAGGAACGCUGAAGCCCGCGUAUUGUGAAAGUGGUAGCAGUACGGCUGUUUGAUCUGAAUGCGAUAGGACAACACCUGCUAGGUGCUAGGUAACUUCCAGGUCCGCGCAUCACGUGACGUGCUAUCACCAAGCAACGCGCCGACUUUGCCAUUCACAAAGCGUGAUUAUAGCGCGACAUAUUAUACCAAGCUUCGCCGACGUGCGGCUUCGAAUGCGCAGGUUGUCGGCCUCCCUAGAUGACGUCACGUGACGUCACGCCGUAAUGCUUCACGUCACGAGUUACUUUAGCAGGUUCUUCAAGGGUGCGGCGUCGGCGGGCGUGCGUACAACUUUCUUCAGUUACACGUAUGCUGACUAUUUUGAAGCCCAAACUGUAAUCGAACAUCGUAGUCUGCUGUUACUCUACGCUCCGCGUACACAAUCAUGCACAAUCGCCACUCAUAAACGCAGGCGACUAAGGAUAGAGCGGGACCUAUCUCAACGAGUGGCACAGUAGAUCACGAACCUGUCGAAAGCAAGAACUAGUGUCGGUCUGGUCAGACUAGUUAGUUUCCCUUGUGGGCAGUCUGGUGCACAGUUAUCGCUAGCAAACCAUUCCUUAUCUUUUUGACGAGUGAAUAGCUUACGAGGACAACAUUUGAAUUUAGAGAAAGCGCCUUAUCCUUGCGCCUAACCACAUUACGAAGUGGACACUUGAUCGGUAGCCUUGUCGUUUGCGACACUGCGAUUUCGCCACUGUGUUCACCGAACACCCGUGCUGAUUCUCUUCACCGACAUCGUUUUGUCUAGAGCCACUGCUUUCGUUCCUGUGGGACCGGAAUUGGCAGUCGUACUAAAGGACGAAAAAUUUCCCCUAAUCGGCCCAAAUUUCGGUGCAGUUUUCUUGGAAGCUUGACUCUCAGCAUGCGAGGUUCACCGAACUCCUGUAGGCGAGAGGAUGAACAGGGAGGAAAUACGUCAUGCGAACAUCGCGUCCCAGACAGCACCCAUGGGUCUGGGAGCUCGCAGCCACGACUUGCAGCCUUUGUGUUGUGCCGACAGUAUACGCACAUACCUGAUGGUACACGAGCACAAUACAAUUGAUGCCUAUUGCUCUCGUAUUGUCUCCGCUCUGCGUUUUGCAUUGUAAACGUCGGUCCACUAGCAUGACGUCACGGCUUUUUUAGCUCGCAGACCUCAUCUUACCUGUGGGAGACGUUGAUCACACGCUGGGCGAUGCUCGCCGAUCCGUGGCGUUGAUUACAUUUACUGCUGCCCGUGUUGCCAGCGGUGUACUAGUAUAUAGUGAUUGUUAUUUGUGAGCUGUUUUGAAGGCGGCAGUGUUUUCUGUUUGUUUUUGAGAUGGGUGCGAAUGACGCGCAAAUGUCAAUGUGUGUCGGAUGUGUAUAUUACGAGUUCUUCGAACACUCAGAUCUGUGGAUCCCGCGAGAAAUCGCGUGGUGUGACGGCCUUGUCCUAUCAUGUGAGCGCCUGCAGUUUCUCUGCUACCGUUUCCACUUAGCGCAGGCGCUAUAAAGAGGGGGAAGAGGAGAAGGUUUCGCGUAAAUCGCGAGAGGUACAGAGUUUAAAAGUAUCACCUCAUCACCAGAGCUCGAUGUCUGUCACCGUGGGUACUCCUGACGGAGCUGUUCAGCGGCAGCAAGCAGUUGUAUUGUACAUCCUUUCGAGUGUAAUUUCGCCACAGAACAAUAAUCUUCAAUAACAGCCUUCGUCUGGCGUUCCUGUCAAAAAAGUACCGGGAGCAGAGGAUUACAGAAAGGAAACGUCGCACACCAUUGAUGACGAUUGUCACAAAAUUACACCCGAAAGGGUGUCCCAAUAGUGAGGUCAAAGAACAAAGGGAGCGCCCGCAACUACCCUUGUGAGAGUAUAGCUCUGUGUUGCGCUCCAUUUUAUUUCGAGGAGCACGAGCACUCCGUUUUAAAGAGCUUUCGCACUCUCACUUUGGUGUGCACAGGCAGCGUGAACUUUUGCAAACAUGGGGUGCGAAUGUUCUCGAGAACCGAGUCACCGGAGACGUUACCUAGCCCCUUGGGAGUCACCAGUACACCGUUUGUUGCUAGAGUGUACAUUUAGCUACGCUGCGUCGUGGUCUUACGCUAUAUGGCGUUCACGAAGUAAUCGCGGUUCUCUUCCCGUCUGUGCGGGCACCGAUUGGUACUUAUGUAGCCCAGCAGGCACUGUACGAUGAUAGCUGUGUGAGCGUUUUACGGUUGGGAACUCUAUACGACAUAUGGUACAAAAGCAUGGGCAUUAGUUUACCACCCCUUCUGCAUUAACAGUUAUAUUCCGUGGUUUGGUAUACUUGGCGAUAUCUGUGAAUACUGUGUUUGGCUGCGAACGUGAAUUCUAUUGAGCAGCUUGCCUUUCGAGCUCGACCAAAGAGCGUGGUGCCUUUAGUGUACUGUAGAAAACCUAGUCAGAUCAUGUAAGGGAUCAAACAAGCUGCGUUGCGACUCGCAACAAUCAAGCACGAAAAUCAUACCUUUUAGCCCGUCGCUAUACUAUGUGCGUGUUUAUUCAAGACGCAGACACGUUCUCUUGUUUUGUUGCUAUUUUCUUUGAAAAGUGCGCCAGUUCCUGCAUGAUUUAACGUCACGUGAUUCGGGUCGAGCUGACAGUUUGCGAAAAAGCAACGGUUUAAGUGCAACGAAAUUUGGUCGUUCCUGUACAUCGGGAAUGGCAGAUCCGAUCUGCAGUCCGGACUGUCUCAUGUCCUCGACGCAUGUGCAGAGCUGCUCAUAAUCUGAACAUUCGUCUGUCGCCAUAGACAUAUGUUUUUCCUGUCUUUGCUAAACCUCUCGUAAAUGAAGACGGUCUGCAUAGUUAUUUAGUAGGCAUUUUAUGUUUUUAUGGGGCGUGCAUUGUAUUGUAUUUGUUGAUUUUUUUUUUUGCAUACGAAAUGUGGAUUUACUUGUUUUAAUGUACAUCGCGUCCCUUCGCGCCCUAUGCGCGUGUUCACGCAUCGCGUACGCAUUCUUCGUAUACAAAAAUUUUCUUCUACAAAUUCAGCAAGCACGUACAGACAUCUGCGCAUACCUGUAUAUAUAUUUUUUAAACUUUUGCUGACGAACUAAUGUGUAUUCGAAUGUUCUCAGCACUGAUGAUGCGUAUUUUAUUGCUUGCUUUUUUUCAUCGGUUCGCUCAACUUAGUGUUUGCUAAGCCUAGCUGCGACCUUAUAGUGCCUUCGUUCGAGCGAUCUCAAACAAAAGUGUCUCGAAGAAUAAAGGUUUUUAAACGGCGCA